AUGCCUAAUGAUACCAUUAAAUUUAAACCAUAUGUGGUAAACAAUAAGAGUGCUCUUAUCAAUAAAUCAACGGUAUUCAUCAUUGAGAAUAAGUACCAGAGAGGUUUGGGAGUGAAUAGUAGUGAUUGUAUUCGUCGCCGGUAUUUGGGAAUUUCUUCUACGUCAGUAUCUAACGAAAGGCUUCUUUCUGAUGUGAACAAUUACAUUACUCCAAAAAGAAAUGAAUAG